GCGCGGUGCCUGCGGAGGGGGCGGGUCAGGUCCGCGGCCUCGCUGUUGGGGGGAGCGGCGGUUGGGGCUGGGACCGUUAACGCCGCGGCGGGGCGGGGGGCGAGAGCGCCCUCUGGCGUCGUGGCGGCGGCGCGUGCGGGAGGCGGUGGCGGCGGCGCGGCUUUAUUCCUCUUCCUUUGGCCCGCAGGCUGCGACAUGCGCUGAGCGGAGGCGGGCGCUGCAGGGAGGCGCGGCAGCGGCAGCGGCGCGAGCGGCGCCCGCCCCAUGCUGGCCGUGGGCCCCGCGGGACGGCCCAGGCCGCGUACCGCGCUGCGGCGUGAGCCGGCGGCAUCCGGCGAGGAAGCAGCGUAGUGUCCCUGCGCGCAGCCGCCCCGGAGGAUGGAGGGGGAAAGAACGCUGUCGGACUGCCUUAAAGUGGAGAGCCUUACCAGUUCCACUGAAGAGGGAUUUGAAGGUGAUCUGAAGACAUUUUGGACACAAAUGGAAGGUAGAAGAGUGGACUUCAUAUUUGAGCAGGUGCAAAAUGUGCUGCUGUUGCUGAAGCAAAAGAUCAAGAAUGGAACUGCCACAAACCAAGAUUACUGGCAGGCUUGGGCUCUGGUGAAUGAAGCUAAUCUAAGUGAUCUCUUAACCUUGGCAAAAGUAAGUGAUGUCUUUGAUGGACGUGAUAUACAGGAACACAAACCCAAAUUGCAGGCUGUUCUUACAGAUAACAAUGCUGCAAACUCAGCAGAAGGCUGUCACAGCAAAAAGGAGCAGAAGGAAAAAUCAGGUUCAGAGAAUGCAGAAGCGUCUAGUGAAAUACGAAUGUUACCUCUAAAUCUGCAAUAUCAGAAUCACAAGUGCUCUAGUGCAUGUCUUGCCAACAGACCACUGAGCUCCUACAAGGGUGAAAAUCCUCUUAAGAUACCGAUUCUGUUUCACUUUCAAAGACGACAUGCAAAAGCCGACUGCCUUUCAAAAUCACUGGAUGUGAAUUACAAAGCUCCCUGUGGAAGGAGUCUGAGAAGUUUUCAAGAUGUGCAGAAUUAUUUGUUUGAAACAGAGUGCAAUUUCUUAUUCGUUGAUCACUUCUCUUUCAACACAUACGUACUGUUGGGCAGGAACACUGUAAAUCCUGAACCCCUUGUGUUUGACUUUGACAUUAGCAAUGGAGCUGAGUCUGUGCCUAUUUCCUUCUGUAAUGAUAUUGACCGUGCAAGAUUACCCUAUUUUAAAUAUCGGAGGGCAUCGUGGCCACGUGGAUAUUAUCUCAACAAUUUCUCCAGCAUGUUUGUUGACUCAUGCAACUGUACAGAUGGCUGCAUUGAUAGGUCAAAAUGUGCAUGCCUGCAGCUAACUGCAAGAGGCUGUAGUAAAAUUUCUCUGUCUCCAAGUACUAAAACAUCUCGUGGAUACAGUUAUAAAAGACUGGAGGGACCUGUUCCUAGUGGAAUUUAUGAGUGUAGUGUGUCGUGUACGUGUGACAAGAUGAUGUGUCAGAACAGAGUUGUACAGCAUGGCAUCCAAGUUCGGUUGCAAGUGUUCAACACAGAAAAGAAGGGCUGGGGCGUCCGCUGCCUAGAUGAUAUCGACAAGGGGACGUUUGUUUGCACUUAUUCAGGCAGAUUAAUGAGUAGAGCUGAAGUUCAAGUAUUGGGAGGUGCUAGUCAAGAGCUGAAAGAGCAAGGUGCUGUGAAUGACAGAGGGCACAGCUUCUUUUCAAAAAAAAGAAAAGUGGACACUGCUUGUUCAGACUCUGAGGUUGAACUAGUGCAGGCUGGCAAAGAGCACAUUCUUGAGAAGCAGGAGUCUUUGUCUCAGACUAUGAAUGAUGAAAAUAAAUCAACUGUGGUUUGUCCAAGGAAUUUGAAUAUUGCAGCCAUGAGAAGGCCUGGAACUAGAAUAGCUGUUCUUCACAGUCACCGGCUAAAAAUGGAAGUUGAUACAUCGGUGCACAGUGCCAGCUCAAAUGAAGAAAAUAGUUCUCAGUCCCAUCAGUCAAGCAAAACAAAACUAACCACUGGAACAAAGAAAGGAAAAGAAAAGUCCAAUCAGCAGCAGAAGGAAGAACAUCCGAUGGGAACUGGACAGACAGAGCUUGCUGGUGGGAAUGGUGCAGAAUGCAAAAGGAAGAGUCUGUCUCAGCAGGGUGCUGCCUGUGGCCUGCCGGCUGUGCUGGAUGAUGCUUGUGCUGUGAGACAGUCCCAAAACGUACCACAAAAAGCUGACUGCAAAGAGGAAAAACACAGGCAGUCAAAACAAGAGGCAUUUUGUGAGGAGGCUGAUGGUGACAGGGCAUUUCUGAAGAAUGCUAAUGAUGAAAAUAUUUAUGUACUGGAUGCCACAAAAGAAGGAAAUGUGGGUCGUUUUCUUAAUCACAGCUGUUGCCCAAAUCUCUUUGCACAGAGUGUGUUUGUAGAGACUCACAACAGAAGUUUCCCAUGGGUGGCGUUCUUCACAACCAGGCAUGUGAAAGCCGGAACCGAACUUACGUGGGAUUAUGGUUAUGAAGCUGGAAGCAUGCCAGAGACAGAAAUUUCGUGUCAGUGUGGAUUUCAGAAGUGCAGGAAAAAAACCUUAUACAGAGUAUCAUUUAAAAGAACUGAGCACAAGCACCAAGCACCAGGAUUUCUCCUCAGAGCCUGUAAGAGCACCGGGGACUGUAGAUCCACCUUUAGCCUCUUCCUCACCAAGUUCCCAGAGCCCCUGGAGCCAGAUCCUCUGACUAGACCUGAGCAGGGCCUAUCUUCCGGGGGAAAAAGGGGAAAAAGAAAAGAGAGACUGAGUGAAGAAGGACAACGGAGACUUGAGUGGAUAUGGCCAGAAAAAGAGAACAGAUGUUCAUGGGGCAAAUUCCAGGGCAUAGAGAAAAUGGUGUUGCUCAGUCUUCUUGCUCCAGGUGAUUUCCAGAUAAUGGCGAAGAUGGUGAGAAGAACAUGUGCGUUUUGUUCAGAGGGGGAGGCUGGCUCUAUAAUGUACAUUGCCAAAGAGCAAAAUAUUGCAGCUCAUCAGGAUUGUUUGUUAUUUUCCUCAGGAUUUGUGGAAUCUGAAGAGUAUAACCCAGAUAAUCUGGAUAUAAGGUUUGAUGUGGCAUCAGUGUUGAAUGAACUCAGAAGAGGAAAGCGGCUGAUGUGCAACUUUUGUCGCAAGAAAGGAGCCACUGUGGGAUGUGAGGAAAGAGCCUGUCGCAGAAGUUAUCACUACUUCUGUGCACUCUGCGAUGAUGCAGCAAUAGAAACAGAUGAAGUCAAUGGAGUUUACCGAGUGUUCUGCCCAAAACAUGACCCAGGCAAUAGGACCAAUCACUAUGAUGCAGCUAAUAAGAGGAAAAGGCAUGCAAUGAAAUCCUCCGCCAUCAGGGAACAAAUGAGCACAGAAGAGACAGAAGAUGAAAACAGUUUACGAAUACUAAAAAGAAAAAACAACAGGCAAAAAGUACGAAUAGAUUUUCUUAGGAAGUGCAAACAGGCGGGGCUUUUGGAUGACAUAUUUGAAGAGAUGCUGGACACACUUCACCUGGCACAGGAAAAACUGAUGGAUGACAACACUUCGGAAACUGAGUAUGAAGAAACAGUAAUGUCACUCUUUGACUGUGGACUGUUUGAAAACAUACUGACAAAUAUUCAUUCAGGGACAGAGGAGAAAAUCCAGGAACUUCUAGAAACCAGGAAAAAACUGGAUAACCAGAUUGAACUACUGCAAGACAUAAAAGAAGUUGCCCUUCCCAACCAGGAGAACACCGCUAGUACAUCCAGUACAGUGUCUGAAUAACCCUAAAGUCUUUCUGUAAUGUCAUCAAUAUUCAAAAUUUUCUGCUGAUAGAAACCAUAGAGCACGUCUGGUGAGUGUGUAAGUGAUUUUUUUUUUUUUUUAAGGAUAGGGACACAAACAAAUCGGGUGUUUUACUCAUUUUUAUACCUCACUGUUGCAAUAAUUUUAAGUUGUACCUUUAUUUUUUACUGUGGAUCAAUGAGUGUUAGACACUUAAUUUAGCUUUUUAAAGCUGAACAAAACCCUCCAACCAAGAUUUUAUCCAAGACAAGGGAGCAACAGCUGCCACAGAACAUUUUUUUUUAUGUCACUUUAGUUGAGGCAGCCCUCUUCAGAAUGUGCGAGGGAGCUGCUUCACUGUCUGCUUGGAGACAGUGUUGUUUUAAGGAUCACUUUGCUGCUUUGGCUUUCCAAAGAAGAUAAAUUAGCAGAACUUGCACUCAGAAACCUUCUGAAUUAUGAACAGGAGUUUUUUUUUUUUUUUAAUUGAUUUCUUCAUUGACAAUGUUAAGCAUAUAGCUAGUUCUGCUAUAACAGCAGUGGUGAAAUGGUGGUUGCAGGCAGACAGGAAUGUCUGAGUACCAUGCUCUGAUACCAUAGACAAUGUAAAAUGGUAUCAAAUAAUGGACUGUAUUCUCCUUUCUCCAUUAAGAAAGGAUAUGACUUCCAUGUGCUUUGUCUUAAAGGUUACUAUACUGAAAUUGUUUGAAUACAGAAAAACAUUGUUUAGCUACAAAACUAAGUUAAUAAAAUGUUUUUAAUAAAAAGUUGUGCAUUUA